GAAAAAGCAUCGUAAGAGCAGAACAGCCCAAAUCUGAGAGAAGAGCACAUCCUUCUUUGGACGAAGUGAGUGGUAAGGAUACUCACGAUGUCUUCUGAAAAGUCGAGUAAAGCAGAGUCUAAUAUUUACGGUGGGCGACGACUGCUGUUCGCUGUGAUUGUUUUGCUAGCCGGAUUGGCAGUAAUUCUUACUGCUUGUGUGAUCGUGAUGGACGAAGAAAUAAAAACCUUGAGAGAAAAUGUUGCAGAGUACCAGAAAUGGAAAGAUGAAGAUGGUGACAAAAAGACAGUUUCCACUCCUGCGACUGAGCACAGAUCCUCCCUCGAGGAAUUGUCUAAAAGGAAACGCGUUCGGCUUUCAAGAUCUAAGCAAAGUCGUUGUGAAUCUUUAAGGAUUCCAAUGUGUCGGAAUAUGCCUUACAGCUCAGCACAGUUUCCAAACUUCCUUAAUCACCAAACCCAAGAUGAUGCAAUUGCGCUGGCAAACGUGCUUGGUCCUCUGGUUAAAAGCGGGUGCUCCUCAUCCAUAGAACAUUUUCUGUGUUCAGUUCUGGCACCUCCCUGUGGUGGGGCCCAGCAGCCCAUACCUCCCUGUAAAGGGCUUUGUAAGCGGGCGACUAAAAGUUGUAGGGACCUUCUUAAUAAGUUUCAGAUAACUUUAGAUCCCUCCAUGAGAUGCAAAAACUUGCCCAAAGAGGGCACAUCAAAGUGCUUCAACGGAUCAUGGCCGAAGAGCACAAACACACCAACACCAGCAUCGGCUCACUCAGCAACGAAAUGCCGACCAGUAACCCAUCAGUGCAACCGUUUCUUGCCUCCAAACUGGCAAGCACAGUUCCCAAACUACUUCGGUCACAAGGAUGCUAGAGAAGCUUCCGUUAGCUUCCAGAAGUUUGAGGGAAUUCUUCGAAAUGCUGAUAAAGAUUGUUCCGCGACUCUGUCCACCUUCCUUUGCGGACUCCACGUACCACCUUGCAGAAAGACCAAACGCCCUUUACUGCCCUGCAGAGAGUUUUGCCUGAAGGCAAGAUCACAAUGUAAGCGAGAAAUGCGCUUGUCAAAAAGAGGUGGCCUUCAAUGGCCCUCAAUCCUGAAGUGUAGGAAUUUCCCUGGCAAAGAUGAAGAACCGUGCUACAAUGGACAGAUAAUACCAGAACCGACUACGAAGCCGCAGCCCACAGUUCCAGGAAAGUGCGAGGUCCUCACGGUUCCUUUGUGCAAAAGUAUACCUUACAACAUGACAGAGUUUCCAAACUUUUUCCGCCACAAGACUCAAGCUGAAGCAUCUCUCGAAGUUCAACAAUUUUCUCCUCUGGUACAAAUCAAUUGCUCACCGGACUUGGCGUUCUUCCUAUGUACAUUGUACACUCCCAUUUGCACUUCUCUGGACAAACCACCACUCCCGUGCAGAGAGCUCUGUGUACGUGUCAGAGAAGGAUGCCUUCCUCUUUUACUGAAAUUUAAUUUCAAAUGGCCGGAAGCCAUGAAUUGCGAACAGUUUUCUCGAAGGGGAGACAGUAUCUGUAUUGAUCGACCUGACGUAGCGACUGUUGCGACUCCGUCUCCGUCUCCGUCUCCGAGUCCGGUAAUUCAGCCUCAAGCGGGAAAAUGCGAACCUUUAAGGGUGCCCGCAUGCAGCGCCUUUCAUUACAGCAAGACGAAGAUUCCUAACUUCCUUCAUCAUCAAACCCAAGACCAAGCUUCUCUUGAAUUAAGCAAGUUUGAUGCAGUCAUCCAGACCAAUUGCUCCCAAGAAUUAGCCUUCUUCCUCUGUUCUUUGUUCGCCCCGCCCUGUAACCCACACCCAUACACUGCGCCUUGUAAGGAACUCUGCAGUCGCGUCAGAAAACAGUGCAUUUCUAAAAUUAGACAGUUGGGGAUGAAAUGGCCGGUUUCUUGUUCAAAGUUUUCACGCAAAUCAGAAGUCCCUGUUUGUUUGGAUGCACCGCCCUCCCCUAAGGCUCCCAUUCUCACCACCACGAAUACCUUAGGAAACGGAAAAUGCGAAACCACGACCAUUCCUAUUUGUAAAGGUCUGCAGCAUUUUAAUAUGACGCUGUUCCCCAACUUCCUCAACCAUGACACACGGGAUGAAGCAGCUUUAGAAGUUCAGCAGUUUUCUCCUCUUGUUCAAUUCGGCUGUUCCCCAGAUCUGUCCUUUUUCUUGUGUUCUUUGUAUGCUCCCUCCUGCAGUGCACCGUUCAAACCAUGCAGAGACCUCUGCAUCAGUGUUAAAAAGGGCUGCCUCCCCAUACUUGAGGAAUUCGGUAUUCCUUGGCCGGAGAAAUUUGCUUGUGAUAAAUUCCCCGCUGCAGGUCCAGGAACACAGUGUACUGCUCCUCAGCGAUCUGUUAUAUCCAAUGCUAACCAAACUACAUCUGGGAGAUGCGAAGCCUUAACCCUUCCUUUGUGUCAAGAUCUGCACUACAAUAUGACGCUGUUUCCCAACUUCUUCAAUCAUCGCAAACAGGAAGAAGCAGCUUUAGAAGUUCACCAUUUUUUUCCUCUUGUAAAAAUCGGCUGUUCCCCAGAUCUGUCCCUUUUCCUGUGUUCAUUAUAUGCUCCAUCUUGCAUUGCUCCGUUUAAACCAUGCAGAGAUCUUUGUAUCAGCGUUAGACGUGGAUGUCUUCCCCUAAUGCAGCGAUUCGGUUUUACCUGGCCGAAAAAUAUGGCUUGUGAUAACUUCCCCAUCGCAGGCCAAGGAACUGAAUGCAUCGUUUCACCGUCGUCCGUUUUAUCCACUGCACCUUCAGCUACAAGAUCCAGCAAAUGAUAGUUUAAUGUUUUUUUCCUGACAUUACUUAUACUUAAGUUUAAGCAGGAGUACAAUUUAAUCCUUUGGACAUCAGCGCGAUUUAGGCGGAAUGGGGACAACUCCACCUCCUAGAGUUGGAAUCAUUAACCCUUUUCGGCCAAAUCCUUAAAUCUAGGACAAGAAAACUCGGCGAGAAAAAAAUUAUUAAGUCGACUGAAUCUGUACAGGUUAAUAGUUUCGUGAUAAGCGAUUCUCUCGAUUGAGCACCUUCCGUCAGCCGAAAUUUUAAAUAAGUACCCGGGCGCUUACUCGAAGAAAUGCGGCAUAUGUCGUGAUUAUCAGAAAUUCGCUGAGUUUUUUUAAAAAUAUAUUUUUCUUUCUCGUUCCCUCGUAUUCUUGCACAGAAUAAUCUCUUUUUUUUUUUAGUGGAAUUUUUUUUGCAAAUUAUGAUAAAGAUUCGCAUAUUGAUCGCAACAUCUCGAAUCAUCAAAUCGUCCAAAAACGGUGUUGAUUCUGUUGUAACCCAAUUUCAGUUUCUUUACAGUAAAUUGGAGGGAAGUGGCAAGUCUCGUAAGUUUUUCAGUUUCGUACAUUCUUACUUGAAACAAAGGAUGACAUUUUUACUUUCUUUGUUUUUUCUCUUUACUUGUAUAGUUAUGAUGAAAUUGUUUCCAAGUUUUUGUGUUGAGAUUUUCCGGCGCUGAGUUUCACACUGCAAGAUCAAGAAAUGUUGUUUUAUUGUACUAAAUGUAUUUCAUCGUUUUUUAUAUGUUUGAAUAUUUGAAGGUCUUUAGGCGACACUAGACAAUCUAUGAAUGUAA